AAGGCGCGUGCCGGAAAACGCGAUGCCGGAUUGGUCAACGGGAUUGAGAGCGGACCCGUCCAAUGAAAACGCGGCAAGGAUAGAGGGGAGGUCUCGAGGAGGAUAAAAUGGCCGCCCCGCGAGAGGGUGUGUAUCUUCUGUCCGCGCGUGCGCUGUGUGGCUCGAGCCCGGGAAGAGGAAAGAGGCGGCAUGUUCGGCGGGCGGACAGCGCUGCUAUUGCGGGGGCUGCGGCCCUGGCUGAGGGUGGAACCCCGAAGGCACCGCGACUCCUUCAGAGAUUUCACUAAGGAAUUUGACAAGUUCCGUCAGAAGGCGAAGGGGAUCCUUCCUGGCAGUGACUGGACUCCUUUGCCUAUAUCAAGAGACCUGCCUCCUGAGCAGGCUGACGUGGUCAUCGUUGGAGGAGGUGUAGUGGGAUGGUCAGUUGCCUAUUGGUUGAAGAGGAAUGAGCCCCAGAGUGGUGCCGUUCGAGUAGUGGUGGUUGAACGGGACCUCAGUGUGAGUUGUCUGAGCUCUGCAAGGUAUGCGAAAGCAUCCACAGUACUCUCUGUUGGGGGGAUACGGCAGCAGUAUUCAAUGCCAGAAAAUAUCCAGAUGAGCCUGUUCUCAGCAAACUUCUUGCGUUUAAUUGACGAGUAUCUACAUGUUAUUGGUCAGCCACCGGUAGAUGUUCAGUUUAAUCCUUCUGGCUAUCUUUUCCUGGCGUCAGAUGAAACAGCUGCAAUCCUGGAGGAGAAUGUGAAAGUUCAAAGGAUGGAAGGAGCAAAGGUGUCUCUGCUUUCACCAGCAGAACUGAAAAAGAAAUAUCCAUGGAUGAAUACAGAUGGUGUGGUGUUGGCUUCCUGUGGGUUGGAAAAUGAGGGCUGGUUUGACCCUUGGACUCUCCUGAAUGCCUUACGAAGCAAAGCUAUCUCAAUGGGUGUUUACCAGAGCUGUGGUGAAGUGACAUCUUUCACUUCAGAUACCACAGAAAUGGUGACACAGGAUGGAGAGCAGAUUGAUUUUUCCCGUAUCAAAUAUGUUAAUGUCCAUAUGCCGAACAGUACUGAAUAUGCCUCAAUACAGUGUUCCCUCGUGGUGAAUGCAGCAGGAGCCUGGUCAAGCAAAGUGGCAGAGAUGGCUGGCAUUGGGACUGGGCCUCCAGAUUCAAUAUCUGGGGUCAAGUUGCCAGUGGAACCUAAGAAAAGGUAUGUUUACGUGUGGCACUGUCCAGAUGGGCCCGGCUUGGGGUUUCCAAUGCUAAUAGACACUACAGGAGCUUACUGCCGGAGGGAAGGCUUGGGUGGCAACUACCUUGGAGGCAUAAGUCCCACAGAAGAGGAAGAACCAGAUAUCCAGGACUUGGAAGUAGAUCAUGAAUUUUUCCAAGAGAAGGUCUGGCCCAAACUGGCCCAUCGGGUGCCUUGCUUUGAAUCCUUAAAGGUGAAGAGUUCUUGGGCUGGUUAUUAUGACUACAAUACUUUUGACCAAAGUCCUGUAAUUGGCUUGCACCCACUGGUGGACAACCUCUACUUUGCUACCGGCUUCAGUGGGCAUGGUUUGCAGCAGGCCCCAGCCGUUGGCCAAGCAAUCGCCGAGCUCAUCCUGGACGGCAAAUACAAGACAAUCGACCUGGAGGCGUUUUCCUUCAACAGACUCAUCAAGGGGGAAAAGGCUCUAGAGAGGAAUGUCAUCUGAGUGUUAUCAUAGAUCCAGGAAUCCAUUCUGAAGGGAGAAGCUGCUCACUCUCCUUUCCAUCUAACCACCAACAUCGUCACGGAUUGAUUGCAGCCAGUGGCAGUCCUGGGUUUCUGUGAUUCGGUACAAAGAGAUGGGAGGUGGAUUCACACUGAGUUCUGGUUAAAAGAGAACACCCACAAUGUGAUUGGUGAAGCUAAUGAAGCACUGAAUUAGUUUGAAUCUUAGCAGUCAUGAAAAGCUGCAGCACUUAAGUUUCAGCAUGAUAACAUGCAGCAUUUUUCGAAAAGAGGAAAUCCAGUGCUGCUCUUCUAAUAUUGCACUUUGUUAUAAUGGACUCCUUGGUCUUCUGUGCCAUCUAAUCAUUUGAUAUUGUUAAAAUUGAUCGCUGCUUGAGAUGCAACUGCUAAUUGGACUGGUACCUUUACCAAGGAUUUUUCCCUGAGCGUACCACAGAAACAUCCCUUGAGGAAGAACUGACAUUCAUUUUUCUCCUUAUCCCAGAAAUCAGCUUGGCUUCUUACUUAGCUAUUGGAUUUUUAAUUUACAGCCAUGUUAACAGUUGGAGGACAGAAAGCUAAGAAGCUCUUCCUUUAGAGUUCUGGCUUACAUUCCUAAGAUCUGCCUAACCUUGCAGGGGAGGAAACAGUUGUAGAGUCAUAGAGUGGAAGGGACCCAUAAGUGUCAUGUGGAUCAUCUCUCUGAUAGUGCACGAAUCCUCUGAUCAGUGAAAUCAGGUGAAAGAAGCAUCUGUGAGGGGUGGGGGUACUUGCACAAAGCUCUUGAUUUUUCCCCUGUACAGCCCCUUUGAUAAAAUGUAGAUGAAAUGAAUGAAUGCUUGGUCACAACUUAGAGUUUGUUAUACUCUGAAAAGUCAGUGGUAUAGAAAACAGUCCUGAACACACUAGCUCUUUAAGGCUUUUGUGACCUUAAUGCUGUGAACAGUAGCCCAAAACUCCAGUACGAUUUGUUAUCCUGCACUCUUAUCAUUUGGAUCAGAAAGCAGAUAAAAAAUUAAAUACUGUUUUUAAAAGGAUGGAAGAUUUUUUAUUUUGCAAAUCCUAAUACCCAGCUGCUCAAGAAGGCAAUGGCAAAAGCUGUUUCAAGAUAAAAAGCAGUUAAAGAUUACUGAUUUAGGUAUGCAUCCUUACCCUAUUUUGAUCAGAGAUGACAGCAUAGUGAACAUAAGAAAAGUGUAAAAAUUAUGAAUAGUCCCAGCUUUGAAAAAACAAAACUAUUGUCUGUCUCCAGCCUAAGUUGUAGUCACAUGUUCAGAAAACAGGCGUAUGUAAGAAAAAAACAGCAGAGCCCACUCUGAAAUACAAUGGUUUCUUGAAAUAAGUUAGGUUUGAUUUUGGUAUCUAUCCACCUUGCAUGGAUAUCAAAAUCCGUGGAUGCUCAAAUAACAUUCUAUACAAUAGCAAACCAUUCAAAUGUGAGAGAGCCUAAGGGUUUGUGAAAUGGUGGCAGGCUACAGCAGGGUAUGCCUAUGCAUCAACUAAGUGAAAUGGCAUGGCAAAAACAAGGUUUGCUUUUGGAAUAAGUUUUCAAAUAUUUUUGAGUUGGUCAAAUCAAUGGAUGCAGAAUCUAUGGAUAUGGAGGGCUCGCUUAAUUUAUAAAACAGCUACUAGAGUUCAAGAGAAGAAAGAGGACUUGUGGAAUUUUCAGAGCAAUAGAGCCAUACGUUGUAUUUCUCUGGGUUACUUUUCUUCUAGUUGCUUCCUUCUGAAAGCUGAGAAAGCCUUACCAGCUCUUGACCUGUAUGUAGAAAUUAUUGUGUGUGUGUCGAAGUUAAUAGUUAUGCAGAAAGCUCAGGCAGAAAGAUAUGUUAAAAGAUAUCUGCUAAUUUUUUAAAUGGAGAAAUAAGUCUAUGGAAAAUAAUCAUGUUAAACUGUUUUAUUGUUUGGCCCAGUUCCCAGAAAGAUUUCUAUAGGCAGGAAUGCUGACACAGAAAUAUUCAACUUGAUUUCAGCUAUUCCAUUUACUUUUAUUAUGUAUUUGCUGUAGUUGUUGAUUAUGUUUAAGCCGCCUGCUACAGCACACUCUGCUUUCAGCUGCUUUUUGUUUUCACUUUCUUCGCCUGAACCUUGGCUUUUGUGGGAGCUUCAGGCCGCUUCCGGUUGACACCUAAAAGGGAAGGAAAAAAACUUUCAAAACACUUGUUGGUGCAGGGUUGUUGUAUGUUUUCCGGGCUGUAUGGCCAUGUUCCAGAAGUAUUCUCUCCUGACGUUUUGGCCACAUCUAUGGCAGGCAUCCUCAGAGGUUGUGAGGUACUGAAUGUACAGGCUGACUUAUCAUUACUGUCAUUACCUUCUGAGAAAAGGGUAAUUUUACAAAUUACAUUUUACAAAUUCAAA